AUGAAGGCCUGUGUUCCCCUGACAGUGGCCGUGCUCUGCGGCCUGGCCUGGGCUGGCCAAAUGGAGUCACGUGCAUCUCGCUGUAGUGAGGAAUUUGACCGGGAUGCUGCUUGCCAGUGUCCCCGGCACGGGGACUGCUGUGAAGACUAUGAGCGCCUGUGUACAGGCGAGGACCCCAAAGAGCCAGAGCCAUUCCUGGAGGUGGAAGAAGAGAUGGAGGGGGCCCUCCUCUCAGACUUGUACUGGGCACCCAACUCCUGCCAGGGCUGCUGCCUGGAAGCCUUCGACGAGCACCACCUAUGCCACUGCAACGCCCGCGGCCCAGAGUUUGGAAACUGCUGCGAGGAUUUCGAGAGCCUGUGUGGCCAAGAGGGCUUCUCCCACAUCAGCGAUGCCAUAACCGAGGAGGAACUGCGGAGCAUCUCUGAGAAGAUCUAUAGGGCACACACCAGCCAAGCGCAGAAGGAAGGCACGGCUUUCAGUAGCCAAAACCGCAUCUUGCCCUCGGGGACCGCAGACCAAGGAGACCGCUGCCCAGAGCCGCUCUUCACGGAUGUCAAUGAGAAGCUCUUCUCUAAGCCGACCUAUGCCGCCUUCAUCAACCUCCUCGACAGCUACCAGCGGGGCGGGGAGCGCUUCACAGCCCCGCAGCUGGCUGAGCAGGACACCUUCCUCAGAGACGUGAUGAAGACGGCCGUCAUGAAGGAACUCUACAGCUCCCUCCAACAGCAGAAUCGCUACAGCACAGAACAGGAGUUUGUCAACAACUUGAAAAACAUGUGGUUUGGGCUGUAUUCAAGAGGCAAAGAAGAGGGGCACUUGGGUGGCUUUGAACAUGUCUUCUCAGGUGAAGUCAAAAAAGGCAAGGUCACUGGCUUCCAUAACUGGAUCCACUUCUACAUGCAGGAGAAGGAGGGCCCGGUGGAUUAUUACAGUCACAUCUGUGACGGGCCUUGGGAUUCUUACCCCGACCGACGACGAGACGUGCUGGCCUUGCAGUUCAGCUGGGACGGCUACUACAAGGAAGUGGGUUCAACUUUCAUCGGCAGAGCACUUUACUCCCUGUGCUUCAUCGCCAGGCCAGGCAGAGUGUGCCAGUUAAGCCUGGGUGGACAUCCCUUGGCCAUCCAGACCUAUACCUGGGACAAGUCAACCUACGGAAAUGGCAAGAAGUACAUCGCCACAGCCUACGACGUGGUGUCUUCUACCCAAUAGAGCUUCUAGCUAGAGAGGGGUGUGAGGGCAGUGAGAGCUCUUGUCGAACUGAGAUGCUAUUUGCUCUGCGCUGGAGGGGGAGGGAAUGGAGGAGACGGGGAAGGACUCCCCAAUCCAGAAAGGCCCAUGUGAGAAAGAGAGAAAAGAUACAAAUUAGAGAAACAGUCAAAUCUUUGUCCUCCAGCAUUUUGGAAACAGAAGGUGGGGACCCUCAAUAGCUCUUUGCCCUGCUGGGAGGUGGAACCGUGAAUAAGUCCUUGAGGUCUCCAGGCCUCAUGUUUCCUUUUAAUGCAAAGGGAAGGGGUUUGCCCCAUUUCCUCUUUGGGGGGUUGGUGAGAAGGCAAAGCUGAUGACAUGCUUACUGUGAAGGUGUUUUCAAUUGUUCUUAGGAAGAAUGGCUGAUAGAAAUUCAAGGUUACCCUAAUGGCUGUUAUUGUACACAGCUCUGCAAACUGUAAUCACCCCCAUACUGGGGUCUCAAAUAAAUCGGGCUAUGGAGAUCAAGGGUGGGUAUUUGGUCUUUUCUAGGGUUAGAUCCUCUCAGAACAGGGUCUGCGAGAGGGUAACGAGGUUAACGGCUGAUGCAGUGAGUAGGCUGGGGCGGCAGUGGACUCCUCCAGGCCUGAUUUUUUGGUAGUCAGCUCGGUAACUGCAACAAGAAGCUUCCUAAUUGUGGAUAUUUAGUGCAGUUACAGAGCUGUAUUUUGAUUCCAAAUAGUUUGUAAAAGAGUUCCCCUCAUAGGAGGAAGAUUUUGCGUCAGAAAAAGAAAGGAACCUAUAGCUUGGUGUCACUAACAUAAUUAUUUUAAGUCUA